UGGAGAUCUAAAAACAUUUACCGCAAUCCGCUAAAAGUCCUCAAAGAAAAGCGACCAGUAUGGCAGGGUCACACUUACAGUGGAGGCCUCCACGUGCAUGUGACGCCUACUGGAGUGAAUUCAAGCACUGCACGAGUUUAUGGAACAGGUUUCAUGAAUACUACACACACGGUACAGCACCAGACUGCCGACAGUGGAAGGAAGAUUAUAACGCCUGCAAAGAGUGGGAGAAGAAUCACAGUACACACGCCAAGGACUCUCUCCAGGAGAGUGAGAGGAAACGUGUCGCUGAGCAGAGGAAGUUCACUCCAGUUUGGGAAUUACGACAGACUCCUCCAGCAGACUGGCACCUGCCACUCAACCAGGGCAAACCACAGGACUCAUAAACACACACAACCAGUGC